CUCACGUGGUCGCCAGUAGUGGCUGAAGGAGGGGAGGGGAUGCAGGCGGUGCUGCCCAGGCUGCGCCACUUGAGUGGCGCUUGCGGGCGGGCCCGUGGGGGCUUCUCCGAGGGCUUCCCUGGGGCUUGCGGGCAGGCUCGGGGGAGGUCCUGGCCGUUAAGUGUAAGUUCCCGCUGUGGCUGUAGUGCCAGCACCAGCUCUUUUGAUGUAGUCAUUAUUGGUGGCGGAAUCGUGGGGCUUGCCUCAGCCAGAGCACUCAUCCUGCAACAUCCAGCCCUUUCCAUUGGUGUUCUAGAAAAGGAGAAAGAUUUAGCUAUUCACCAGACUGGACAUAACAGUGGUGUUAUACAUAGUGGAGUUUAUUAUAAACCUGAAUCUUUGAAAGCUAAAUUAUGUGUAAAAGGCGGAGCCCUCAUCUAUGAGUACUGUAACAGAAAGGGAAUUUCCUACAAGCAAUGUGGCAAGCUUAUAGUAGCUGUUGAGCAAGAAGAAAUUCCUAGGCUUCAGGCCCUAUAUGAGCGAGGGCUGCAAAAUGGUGUCCCAGGCCUGCGGCUGAUCCAGCAGGAGGAUAUAAAAAAGAAAGAGCCAUAUUGUAGGGGUCUGAUGGCUAUUGAUUGCCCAUACACUGGCAUUGUGAAUUAUCGGCAGGUGGCUUUGUCAUUUGCCCAGGAUUUCCAAGAUGCAGGUGGCUCUGUCUUGACCAAAUUUGAAGUAAAAGAUAUUGAAAUGGCUAAAGAAAGUCCUUCAGGAAGUAAAGAUGGAUUGAAAUACCCAAUUGUUAUUAGAAAUACAAAGGGAGAGGAGGUUCGCUGUCAGUAUAUCCUGACAUGUGCAGGACUUUACUCAGACCGUAUUUCAGAGUUGAGUGGCUGCAAUCCUGACCCUCGAAUUGUACCAUUCCGGGGAGAUUACCUGCUUUUGAAGCCAGAAAAAGGUUAUCUUGUAAAAGGAAAUAUUUAUCCGGUACCAGAUAGCCGAUUUCCUUUCCUAGGAGUUCACUUCACACCAAGGAUGGAUGGCAAUAUUUGGCUAGGACCUAAUGCAAUUCUUGCCCUUAAACGGGAGGGUUACAAGCCCUUUGACUUCAGUGCCACAGAUGUUAUGGAUAUAAUUAUCAAUAGUGGUUUGGUUAAACUGGUGUUCCAGAAUUUCUCCUAUGGAGUUAGUGAACUGUAUAAAGCCUGUUUUCUCAGUGCAACAGUGAAGCACCUUCAAAAAUUCAUCCCUGAAAUUACUAUCAGUGAUAUAAUUAGAGGUCCAGCUGGAGUAAGAGCCCAAGCCCUGAAUAGAGAUGGAAAUCUGGUAGAUGAUUUUGUAUUUGAUGGAGGAGUUGGAGAUAUCGGAAGUCGCAUUCUGCAUGUGAGAAAUGCACCUUCCCCUGCUGCCACUUCUUCCCUUGCAAUUUCUGAAAUGAUUGUAAAUGAAGUGCAACAAAGAUUUGAACUGUAAAUAGUGAAAGAAAGUGGGUAUGCAUUUUAGCAAUUUAAUUUCUAAAUUAUGCAACAAUGUGCUAAUUAAAUUAUAUAAUUUUAAUUUAAGAAAACAAUUUGAAGAUUCCAUUUGUAGGUCACAAAUAACCACUGAAUUGUUAAAAUUUUGUAACAGUAAUCAUAAUUUUACUUUGUGAAUGAAGAGGUUUCCCAUGACUGGCUAUGUAUAGUUACAUCUGUCCUGAAUCCCUGACAUUGUUAAUAACAUAUGUUCACCAACUAUGAGCUAUAGAAGAU